AUGGGUUCAAAGUUAUCCGUUGAAGAAGCUAAACUGCUCAAUUCAAAGUGGCAGUAUGGGGGGAGCAGAUCCCAUGACCAGGAGGCUAUUCAGUCACCCAACACCUCAGGGAGACACAACAACAUCAGACCCAGAACUGCCUUAGAGGGACUCAAAGGUUCAGAUGUUCAGAACAUUCUAAGCAGAGUAACAGGGCCAGAUGUGCAGAACAUUCUAAGCAACAGGUGGACAUACAGCAUAUGUUUUCCUGGACUGACCAAACUACGUAGCAACUGUAGCGUCCGCUUUUGCAGGAGAAAUGAAUGUGUGCUGGACUGUUACAACAACAAUGACAUGAUCAACCCUGGUUUAAAGAUGGCAGCAAACAUGGAAGAUAGCCUUCAAACAUGUGAAGUAAUUGUCUCUGACAGUGUUCUUGGUAACGAUUCGAACAGUGUUGUGUUGAUGUCAGAAUCUCACCCACAGAAUGAGAAAACAGAUAUGAGCGGUUUGAGGAGGGAAACUCAAAAUGUCUGCCUCGAACUCGAGAAGGCGAAAGAGUCUAUUAAACUGCUGCGGGAUCGAGAGAGACAACUCAGGGACAGGUUGUCUGAUCAGGCUCAGAAGCUGUUCCACAUGUCCAAUACCCGUUUUGAGGACCUGAGUUUGGGCGACAAACGCCCCACAGCGUUAAUCAGUAAAUAUGGCGAUCUGUACUCGCAGGGUCGGGUGGAUGCCCUGGACGCACUAGAUGCUUUGGAGGAACUAGCAGGACUGGAUGAUCUCAAAGGGAAGCUACUCUUCUCUGUCAUAGUACUCGCUUUUCGAUCUUGCCAGCACACAUGGAAGGAUUUGCGUUCAAAGAUCAGACAACUGUUACAACUUCCAAGCCCAGCGGAAAACAAUAACAAAGACACUGUGCCCAUUAGUUCGGUUUCCAAGGAGAUGGAGUUGUACCUUGACCAGUAUUUUUGUCAGACCGUAGACAGGUUUGAUGUCUCCAAAAAUGUUCAGGAGGUCACAUCUCAGAUCCACGGAACUCUGUUUGAUUAUCCAAGCCUGGCUGAUUGUGAAGGGCUGAACAAAUACAUUAAAGACUCUGUGCAGCUGGCCUGGGCCCUGACAGUACAAAAUCCCCAGUUUGUUCUGCAGUAUGACUCCAAGGCUUUCCACCCUCACUACCACACCCGUUUUGCGGAGUCUGACCCCGAGAACACUGAGAUCUCAGCGGUGAUCUGGCCAGCUCUGCUGGAGGGAGAGGACGGGGCAUGUGUUCAGAAGGGGGUCGUCAUCACGUAAGCUAAUCAGAAUAGUCAGAGCUACGAAACUAAGAGACAGAGGACUUACUGGACAAUGCAUGGCAGGAUUGUCAUGUGUACUUGACAAUAGUGAACUUCUGCUAAGUGUUGUGAUCUUACUUCAGUAAAAGCAAACAGGAAGGAAGUGCAGUGAUGGAGAUUAUAUGAAAUCUGUUUGCAUUUCAAAGAAAAUGCAAAAGGCAGUCAUGCAGAUUGUAUGAAUGCUGUCUACAAGACCACCAAGAAAAGAAGAAAAAUUAAUAGAUAACAACACAUGUAGACAUAGUGUUGUGCCAGUAAUAUAGAGUUUCUGUGAUAUUCACCGGUUAGGACUGGUGGACAUGAGAAUUGUACAUGGAACAAAGAAAAACACACAUGUAAGAACUUAACUUGUCAAGGGAUGUGCAUCAAGGUUUUAAUUGCAGCUUGAAUUUUGAAGUCUAAAGAUAUUGGGCACAAUCUUUUCAAGUGCUAAACUUUGAAUUCUCAAUCCUUGUAUUUCUGACUCUGUGUGAUUGAGCAUCGUUGAAUGUUACAGUAUACGUACACAAUAGUUGCGACUUUUAGCCAGACUGGUGCCUUGAAAUCAUGCAAGCCUAUUGGAAUUUAUUUACACAAAGACAGUUGAACUCCAAGUUUGUCCUCUCAGAUGUUAAAUCUUGUUUUAAAUCUCCAUCAAGUUUUUGUUCCUUAAAUGUAUUUGUGCAGCUUGCCUCAGUGUCGAGAACAGAAGUCUGAUUUAUUUUCGAGUUUCGGUAUGUAUCCUGUGUAAUCAGAUUUCUUGCUUUUAGGCUGACCGAAGGAAGGUUUGGGUUCUAUGCAUGCACAUAUAACAUAUUCAGUCCGUUAAUACAGACUUAUUUAUCACCCACUAAUUUGGAUUUUGAUUGAUGCAUGCAACUAAAACAUAGAAGAAGAAGAUUGAGUCACAUAAAUAUUGUGUAUAAAAAUUGAAUUUUUAAUUCUUUUUUCACAAAUGUUCCUCAGCCGUAUGUGGGAAGGUGUGCCAGCAACCUAUGGAUGGUCCUAGGUUCCCCCCGGCACUGCCCGGUUACCUCCCACCAUAAUGCUGGCCGCUGUCGUAUAAGUGGAAUAUUCUUGAGUACAGCGUAAAACACCAAUCAAAUAAAUGAAUAAAUAAACAAAUGUUUGUUUGACAUGGGGAGAGCAUGAUUUGGAUAGGAGUUAAUCUGUGGUUGUGAUACUGCAUCCGCAUGAAUAUCUCAAUCACCACACAAGUCUAAUGUCUCAUAUAGUUUUUAUAACAUACCUGGAGAAUUGUAUUGUCAACAUGACAUUUUAUAAUCAAAAAUAUGUUUGUUUAAAGCCACUUUUCAGUUCGUUCUUCUCUUGUGAAAGGCUGUGUCUCCUCAGUUGAUUUGAUUGUUAAUAACAUUUGACAAAGUGGGAUAGUUUACAUUAUUUUUGUAUAUUGCAUUAACAAUUCAUAUUGACCUACUGCAUGUUUCAUGGUAGAUUCUAAGUUAUUUUUACAUGUUCAGACAAGUGCAGAGUUUGCAUAUGCAAAUAUGAAGAUGGAGAUGUGAUAACUAUUUUUAAAGACCUGCUACACUACUGGUACUAUAUGUUAUUGUUACAAAUCUUUAUCCAUUGCAAAUGUUAAAACUAAGUCGUCUAUACAUGUUACAGAUGUCAAAAAUAAGUAAUCUAUACAUUUUACAGGUAUUAAAACUGAGUCAUAUAUUGGCAUUAUAAAUGUUAAAACUAAGUCAUCUAUACACGUUACAGAUGUUAAACGUGAGCCAUUUUUAGGUUUAACAAAUGCCAAAACUAAGUCAAAGAAUUGUUGUAAAUUUUGAUAGACCUACAUGCUGACAAGUCUAGUGGCAUUGAUAAUAAUGCAUAUAAUGUUCACUUGGCACUAACCUUCGUUUUCAUUGUCUAGAUUCAUUUCUCUGCUAUCAUUGAGAUUAUCAAAUUAUCAUUACUUACAAUAACUUGGUCAUUACUUUUUAUGGUUUCUUAGACUGUUUCUGUGAAUCACAGACUGUGCUAAACUUGAUAUUCAGAUUUGCAACAUAAGAAGACCAAUUGUUUUUCUUGUUUUUUGGUUAAUUGAGUCAGAUAAAAAUAAAAAGUCCAAGUCUAGUUCAU